AUGAAUGGCAGUGAAUCUCCAUCAGGGGCCAAGCCACCGCUGGUGUCGGGUGGCCUUUCCAACGGCGACAGCGUUGCGGCCAGGAAGCGCAAGAAGGAUGGGCUGGCGCCGAUUUUAACGCAGAGCCCGGAGUCGGCAGACAAGACUGGGUUGCGCCAAGUGGCCGCGGCACACAUCGAGUUCGGCGUAUGCUAUGGGCAAGGUUUCUUGUCCAUGAACCAGACCUACGGGCCCCAGCAUUAA